ACUGGACGGGUACAUCUGUCUCCGUCUCAAAGUUUCCGAUUAACUAGCGACCUUGCUGUUUCGCAAAGGAUAAAAUAAAAUGAAAUGAAGAUUAUAAUUUAUACGAUCAACAAAAACACGACGUCAACUAGUAAUAUUUUUAAAAAAUCAACAUUAAAGAAAAAUGUUUGAAGGGUAUAUUAUUAUAAGUCAAAGAAUAUGAUUGACGUGUAGUUGACAGUUACCCAAUAUAGCAAAAUAUUGAGCUGUGAUAUAAAUUGUUAUUGUUAAAUUCAUACUUGUUAAUAUGACAUCAAUAUUUGGUAUACGUUUUGGCUUUAUAGCAAGCCAAAAGUGUCAUUUGCACAAAACUCUCAGGAGAAACUAUGUAACAUAUAUUCAAGGCCAAUCUCCUCAGCCUCGUGUGCGAGAGUACUUUUAUUACAUCGAUCAUCAAGGCAUGUUGUUCCUGGAUGAUGUUCGCAUAAGAAACUUUACUUCAUGCUUUAAAGAUAAAAAGUUCUUGGCAUUCUUCUUUAAACACUUAAAGAAAAAUACCACUGGCCGUUACAUGGAUGAUUUUCCAUUCUUGUCGAUUUGUGGUGUAGAGAGAAAUUAUAUAAGAUGCGACGACCUGCCGUUAGUGUUUACAAAAGUGAUUCAGAGACAUAAUGCAGAAACUAGUACAGAGAAAGAUUGGUUCAGUUAUGCACAUGCAGAUGAUUUGUUGAUGGUGCCAUUUGAGCCAGAAAAAUUAUUUAUGAAUAUUAACACAGGAAGAGUCUAUCAUCCUGCACCUGAAAAGGCAGGGGGAAUCGGCUUGGUGAGAUCCAAUCUGGCUAUAGAAUUCAGCACUUUCUUCGACUUCGAAAACGGCGAGGAAAAUGCACCAACGCAUUUUAAGUGGAGAUGCAAGCGAUACAAGCUUGAAACGGAUUGGUACAAAAACAAACUACCAAGAAGUUGUUACACAAAAAUUUUAUGAUUGUGUUCAUAAAGAUCCCUUCAUAAAGAAGCGUAUUUUAUAUGUACAUAAUAAAACAAUUUCCAUAUUGAUAUUU